UUCUGCCUUCACAAUUACUUCACAAGUGCCCUUCCUAAACAAAUGUGUGUGUGUUUAUGGAUCUAAAGUUGUUUAAUUAUAAUUCUCCUCGUCCACAGCAGCUCACACAUGAGUUUUGAAAGCCAGUCAUUGCUGAAUGCCACUAUCAGGAUAGUUUGACAAACUGUACAGGUCUUCAGCUGUCACUCAUAUAUAAUUGAACAAUUGCAGUAUGAGUUUGGGGGAGAUCAAUGAGAAUGUGAAACUGGCUAGGGAAUAUGCCCUGCUUGGGAACUACAGCUCUGCAGUGGUCUGUUAUCAGGGGGUCCUGGAGCAGAUCAGAAAAUACCUCUACUCAGUGAGAGACUCCUCUCUACAGCACAAAUGGCAACAGGUUUGGCAGGAGAUAAAUGAGGAAACGAAGCAAGUUCAGGAGAUCAUGGCAACACUCGAGAGCUUCCAGUUAGAAUCGACACCAUCCAAACCCAGCAGUUUUGGCCAGGAGAAUGAUAUUUUGCCUGUUCAUGUGGAACACAGGUCUUCUCCAUGUGUAGUGCGGAAAUCCUCUGGGCCUCAUAAAGACAGUAAAAGCCACGGUAACCGGAUAAGCGUUGGCCCCCGUGGUCUGCAGAGGCCAUCAACGCGCAUCGCCAACGGUGACAAGGGAAAACCUCAGAAAGGCAAAGAAAAGAAAGAAAACCCAUCAAAGCCAAAAGAUGACAAGAACAAAGCAGAAGGUGUGGAGACAGAGGUAAAGAAGUUUGACCGAGGAGGAGAGGACAGAGACCUGAUUGACACUCUGGAGAGAGACAUCAUCUCCCAAAACCCUAAUGUGACAUGGGAUGACAUUGCUGACCUGGAGGAGGCUAAAAAGCUGUUGAAAGAGGCAGUUGUUUUGCCCAUGUGGAUGCCCGAGUUCUUUAAAGGAAUAAGGCGACCGUGGAAGGGAGUGUUAAUGGUUGGGCCUCCAGGCACAGGAAAGACAUUGCUGGCCAAAGCUGUUGCCACUGAGUGCAGAACUACCUUCUUUAAUGUUUCCUCUUCCACCCUCACCUCUAAAUACAGAGGAGAGUCAGAAAAACUUGUACGGCUUCUGUUUGAAAUGGCCCGAUUUUAUGCCCCCAGCACCAUCUUCAUUGAUGAGAUAGACUCCAUAUGUAGCCGUAGAGGAAACUCAGAAGAACAUGAAGCCAGCAGACGUGUCAAAGCUGAACUGCUCGUCCAAAUGGAUGGUGUUGGUGGGACAUCUGACAAUGACCCAUCAAAAAUGGUGAUGGUUCUGGCAGCCACCAACUUCCCUUGGGACAUUGACGAAGCUCUGAGACGUCGACUAGAGAAAAGAAUUUAUAUCCCACUGCCCUCAGCUAAAGGCAGAGUGGAUUUGCUGAAGAUCAGUCUGAAAGAGUUGGAGCUGGCUAAUGAUGUUAACAUGGACAAGAUCUCUGAGCAAAUGGAGGGAUACUCUGGCGCUGAUAUUACCAAUGUUUGCAGAGAUGCUUCUUUGAUGGCAAUGAGAAGGCGGAUCGAGGGUUUGACCCCAGAGGAGAUUCGAAAUUUACCAAAGGAUGAGAUGCACAUGCCUACUACAAUGGAGGAUUUCGAGACUGCACUAAAGAAAGUAUCCAAGUCUGUAUCUGCUGCUGACCUAGAGAAAUAUGAGAAGUGGAUAGCCGAGUUUGGCUCCUGCUGAUGGGGCCUGACUUAUACUGGUGUUAAACAAUCUCUAUUGCUCCUGCUUACAAUCAACAUCAGCACUUUGAAUGAUUGAGGGCCAGUUUCAGGGGUCGGCUCCCUGUGCCCAGACAGGUCUUGCCUUAAAGUUUGUAGGUAAAAAUAUUUAAUAGCAGAAAUGGAGACUUUCCCAUGAAAAUACUUUAUCAAGGACCAAGGCGUAAAUGAUAUUCAGGCAAAAUGAUUUGUUUACAUUGUUCAAAGCAUAUGAAUGGAUUGACUGUUCAAAUUUGUCCAGAACUUUCAGUUUUUGGUGCACUAAUAAUAAACAGCCCCACUAUGUCUAGCCUAAAGCUAUAGUGUGCACAGACAAUAGUGCUUCCAUUUAGGUUGCUAGCACAAUAAUGGGUUAUGUUUGUUUUUUUUAUACUCCAGUGAUGGCUUGUUUUUUGUCUGUACCUAUAAAACCACACUGACCAAAGACUAGUGAACAGUUCUAUUCACUGUUAAGUCACCAAAUGCUACCUUAUUUAGGCAAAGAGCUAUGCAAGUUACCAAGUUUACUGUUCCUUCUGUGCCAAUUGUGUGGUUGAUGUAAAGGCCAAAGUUAUCAGUUAUCACAAAUCUUCUAAUGAAUUGUGACAAUUAUCAGACCAGCAUUAGAUUGUCAGUGUGUUCAGCGCUUUUAUAAACACCAGUUCUGGUUUUUCUCUUAAUUAUUCCUUUGCUAUGAUCAGUUUGUAGUAUUAUAUUUUGCUGAAUAAACUUUUUAAAUUGAA